AUGUCACCAAUUACCGUAGUCAAUAAACAGGUUACUGUAUUUUUAAUUGCCAUCAAAAAUAAAGAUGAGCAAUCGCUGAAAAGUUUAUUUCCAGACGGUCAGGCAAUGGACCCUCCAACAACCUUGGAUUCUGAUGAUAAAAGAUUGCUUCUUUUGGCGAAAAAUCUUGAAAGGCCUAAAAAGCCUAAAAAGCCUAAAACCCGAAAAGCCGCUUCCUGCUGUUUCAACACCACUAAAUACUCCUACAAAACCUGUCGUUGUUUAAUCGUCUACCGCUGCACCUGGCUAUUCCUAGUUCUUCUCGUUUUCCUGGCAGUUUUUAUGCUCAAACAUCAGAAAAAAGUUAGGAAAGCUUUCAAAAUUGCUAAUGCAUUUUUGGAGGAGGAGAAGGGUGAUGAUUGA